AUGUCGCAAUUACCACCACCGCCGCCGCCUGGCUGGGGCCCUCCUCCGCCGCCUCCUCCCCCAUCGUCAUCUUUCCCACCUCCUCCGUCGACUCCUGCUCCUCCAGCCCCGCCGCCGCCCGGCUAUCGACCUCCCGCCGACGCUCACAUCGCAAAAUUUGCUCAGAAGAAGAAGGAAUGGCUUCGAAGCCAGCGAAAUCGGUUCGGCGAGAAGCGCAAGGCCGGCUUUGUUCAGACCCAAAAGGCUGACAUGCCCCCCGAGCAUCUGCGGAAAAUCGUCAAGGAUAUCGGCGAUGUCUCGCAGAAAAAGUACACAAACGACAAGCGAAGCUAUCUCGGUGCAUUGAAGUUCAUGCCCCAUGCGGUUCUGAAGCUUUUGGAGAACAUGCCGAUGCCCUGGGAAUCUGCACGAGAGGUCAAGGUUUUGUACCAUGUCAAUGGUUGCCUUACCCUUGUCAACGAGAUUCCUAGAGUCAUCGAACCUGUCUUCUUUGCGCAGUGGGCCAUGAUGUGGACAUUUAUGCGAAAGGAAAAGGCAGACCGAAGACUGUUUAAGCGUAUGCGAUUCCCGCCGUUUGAUGACGAGGAGCCGCCGCUAUCAUGGUCAGAAAACAUCGAAGACGUUGAGCCCCUCGAGCCUAUUCAGAUGGAGCUGAACGAGGAUGAGGAUGACGCAGUCUACGAAUGGUUUUACGACCACCGGCCGCUGCUUGACACACCCCAUGUUAAUGGUCCAAGCUACAAGGGGUGGAACCUCACAUUACCCCAGAUGGCCGCCUUGUUCCGUCUUAGUCGACCUUUGAUUUCCGAUGUUGUGGAUAAGAACUACUUCUAUCUGUUCGAUCUAAAGAGUCUGCUCACUGCCAAGGCGCUGAACGUUGCUUUGCCAGGAGGACCACGAUUUGAGCCGUUAUACAAGGAUAUCAACCCCAAUGACGAAGACUUUGGUGAAUUUAACGCCAUCGACCGCAUCAUUUUCAGGAACCCCAUUCGCACUGAAUUCCGGGUUGCUUUCCCAUACUUAUACAAUUCUCUCCCACGAAGCGUACACUUAGCAUGGCACUCGCACCCCCAGAUAGUGUAUAACCGCAUCGAUGAUCCGGACUUGCCUACAUUUCAUUUCGAUCGUCGAAUCAACCCAAUCUCAUCACGCAAUGUGGCUCCUAAGAAUGUUGAAGUAUCUCUCGAAGAUGAGCUUUUUGGGCCUGGAAGCAACGAAGAGCCCGAAGACGACGCUUUCGAGCUUCCUGCUGGAACGGAACCGUUCCUUGCUGAUGAGGAAAUAGACAAUGAGGACACUUCUGCCGCCAUUGAGCUCUGGUGGGCGCCAUACCCAUUCAACCGACGAUCCGGCAAGAUGGUUCGUGCCCAGGAUGUGCCCCUGAUUAAGCAGUGGUAUCUGGAGCACCCUCCCGCAGACCGCCCUCCCGUCAAGGUCCGCGUUUCCUAUCAGAAGCUGCUCAAGAACUUCGUCCUCAACGACCUACACAAGAAGAAGCCCAAGGCUCAGAACAACCAGAAUCUGCUCAGAUCUUUGAAGCAGACCAAGUUCUUCCAACAGACCACCAUCGACUGGGAGCGAAAGAAGUCCCGUUUCGGAAACGCUUUCCACUUGAUGCGUGAAAUCUUGCGACUGACCAAGCUGAUUGUGGAUGCUCAAGUUCAAUACCGACUCGGCAACAUUGACGCUUUCCAAUUGGCUGAUGGUAUCCUCUACGCCUUUAACCACGUCGGACAGCUUACGGGAAUGUACCGUUACAAGUACAAGCUUAUGCACCAGAUCCGAACCUGCAAGGAUUUGAAGCAUCUCAUCUACUAUAGAUUCAAUUCUGGUCCUGUCGGAAAGGGUCCUGGCUGUGGUUUCUGGGCUCCUGCGUGGAGAGUGUGGCUGUUCUUCAUGCGUGGUAUCAUCCCUCUUCUCGAGAGAUGGCUUGGAAACUUGCUUUCUCGUCAGUUCGAAGGACGGCACAGCAAGGGUGUCGCAAAGACGGUCACCAAGCAGCGUGUCGAGUCUCACUUUGAUCUUGAGCUCCGUGCUUCUGUCAUGGCUGACCUUUUGGACAUGAUGCCCGAGGGUAUCAAGCAGAACAAGGUCAACACUGUGCUUCAGCACCUUUCUGAGGCAUGGCGCUGCUGGAAGAGUAACAUUCCGUGGAAGGUGCCUGGAUUGCCCGCUCCUAUCGAGAAUAUUAUUCUGCGAUAUGUGAAAUCCAAGGCCGACUGGUGGGUUUCUGUUGCUCAUUACAACCGUGAGCGUAUUCGCCGCGGUGCCACCGUCGAUAAGACUGUUGCCAAGAAGAACGUUGGUCGUCUGACUCGACUCUGGCUCAAAGCAGAGCAAGAGCGACAGCAUAACCACAUGAAGGACGGUCCGUACGUCUCGUCAGAAGAGGCUGUCGCCAUCUACACCACGACUGUCCACUGGCUAGAGUCUCGCAAGUUUUCGCCUAUUCCGUUCCCUAGUGUUUCCUACAAACACGAUACCAAGAUUCUGAUCCUGGCGCUGGAGCGAUUGAGAGAAGCUUACUCAGUUAAGGGUCGUCUCAACCAGAGCCAGCGUGAAGAGCUUGCUCUCAUUGAGCAGGCAUAUGAUAGUCCUGGCACAACUCUGGAACGCAUCAAGCGAUUUUUGCUAACGCAGCGAGCGUUCAAGGAGGUCAACAUCGACAUGAACGACAACUACAGCACGAUCAACCCUGUAUACGAUAUUGAGCCCAUUGAAAAGAUUAGCGAUGCCUAUCUUGACCAGUAUCUGUGGUACCAGGCUGACCAGAGACACCUUUUCCCUGCUUGGAUCAAGCCUUCUGACUCUGAAGUCCCUCCAUUGUUGGUCUACAAGUGGGCUCAGGGCAUUAACAAUCUGGGCCAAGUUUGGGAGACUGAAAAUGGCGAAUGCAACGUCAUGAUUGAGACUGAGCUAUCCAAGGUUUACGAGAAGAUGGAAUUGACACUGCUCAACUCUCUUCUCAGACUGAUUAUGGACCACAAUCUUGCUGACUACAUUACGGCGAAGAACAAUGUUCAGCUCACCUACAAAGACAUGAACCACGUCAACAGCUACGGUAUGAUCCGUGGUCUCCAGUUUUCUGCCUUUGUCUUCCAAUACUAUGGUCUUGUUCUUGAUUUGCUUCUGCUUGGCCCUCAGCGAGCCAGUGAAAUCGCCGGACCACCACAGAGCCCCAACGAUUUCUUGCAGUUCCGCGAUCGCGAAACGGAGAGCAGACACCCGAUCCGACUGUACAGCCGAUAUAUCGACAAGAUUUGGAUCUUCCUUCGAUUUACAGCCGAAGAAUCACGAGAUCUUAUUCAGCGAUUCCUUACUGAGCAGCCAGAUCCCAACUUUGAGAAUGUUAUCGGAUAUAAGAGCAAGAAGUGCUGGCCCCGUGAUUCUCGUAUGCGCUUGAUGCGACAUGACGUUAACCUUGGACGGGCUGUGUUCUGGGACUUCAAGAACCGUUUGCCACGAUCCGUCACCACGAUUGACUGGGAUGACAGCUUUGUCAGUGUUUACAGUCGUGACAACCCCAACCUGCUCUUCUCAAUGUGCGGAUUUGAAGUCCGGAUUCUGCCUAAGAUCAGAAACCAGAAUGAAGAAUUCCCCGUCAAAGACAGCGUUUGGUCUCUCGUUGAUAAUACGACCAAGGAGAGGACGGCACACGCAUUCUUGCAAGUCACCGAGGAAGAUAUUCAAAAGUUCAACAACCGUAUCCGACAAAUCCUCAUGUCAUCUGGUUCGACAACCUUUACCAAGAUUGCCAACAAGUGGAACACUGCGUUGAUUGCGUUGUUUACGUAUUACCGUGAAGCUGCGGUCUCUACCAUCGAGCUCCUGGAUACGAUUGUCAAAUGCGAGACCAAGAUCCAGACGCGAGUCAAGAUUGGACUGAACUCCAAGAUGCCUUCUCGUUUCCCUCCCGCCGUUUUCUACACCCCCAAGGAGCUUGGUGGAUUGGGAAUGAUUUCUGGCUCUCACAUCCUUAUCCCAGCCAGUGAUAAGCGUUGGUCAAAGCAGACCGACACGGGAGUCACCCACUACAGAGCUGGUAUGACGCAUGACGAAGAGACAUUAAUUCCCAACAUUUUCCGAUACAUCAUCCCAUGGGAGGCAGAAUUUAUUGAUUCUCAGCGUGUCUGGACUGAAUACUCCCAGAAGCGUUUGGAAGCCAACCAGCAGAACCGACGUCUCACGCUGGAAGAUUUGGAGGAUAGCUGGGAUCGUGGUUUGCCAAGAAUCAACACUCUGUUCCAAAAGGAUCGAAGCACCCUUAGCUUCGACAAAGGUUUCCGCGCUCGCUCCGAGUUCAAGAUUUACCAACUCAUGAAGAGCAAUCCGUUCUGGUGGACGAGCCAGCGACACGACGGCAAGCUGUGGAACCUCAAUGCUUACCGAACUGAUGUCAUCCAAGCAUUGGGUGGUGUUGAGACCAUCCUUGAGCACACUCUCUUCAAGGCUACCGGUUUCCCAUCUUGGGAAGGUCUUUUCUGGGAAAAGGCUUCUGGUUUUGAAGAAUCCAUGAAGUUCAAGAAGCUCACCAACGCCCAGCGAUCCGGUCUGAACCAGAUUCCCAACCGUCGUUUCACCCUCUGGUGGUCUCCAACCAUCAACAGAGCCAACGUCUACGUCGGUUUCCAGGUCCAGCUUGAUCUUACUGGUAUCUUCUUGCACGGAAAGAUUCCCACUCUGAAGAUCUCCCUCAUCCAGAUCUUCCGUGCUCACUUGUGGCAGAAGAUUCACGAAUCAGUGGUAAUGGAUCUUUGUCAAGUAUUUGAUCAGGAAUUGGAAUCUCUCGGCAUUGAGACUGUUCAAAAAGAGACCAUCCACCCUCGUAAAUCUUACAAGAUGAACAGCUCUUGUGCUGAUAUUCUACUCUUUGCCAGCCACAAGUGGAAUGUUACUCGUCCUUCGCUGCUGUAUGAUACCAAGGACGUCAUUGAGCCCACAACGACCAACAAGUUCUGGGUUGAUGUGCAGCUACGAUAUGGUGACUACGACUCUCACGACAUUGAGCGAUAUACGCGUGCCAAGUAUCUCGACUACACGACCGAUAGCUCCAGCAUUUACCCCUCUGCUACAGGUAUCAUGAUUGGUAUUGAUUUGGCAUACAACUUGUACUCGGCCUACGGAAUGUAUUUCCCUGGUUUGAAGGUACUCAUUCAGCAAGCCAUGGCCAAGAUCAUGAAGGCCAACCCUGCCUUGUACGUCCUUCGAGAGCGUAUCCGUAAGGGUCUGCAGCUGUAUGCUUCUGAAAGCAACCAGGAAUUCUUGAACUCGCAGAAUUACUCGGAGCUCUUCAGCAACCAGACCCAGCUCUUCAUCGACGAUACCAACGUGUACCGUGUGACUAUCCACAAGACAUUCGAAGGAAACUUGACCACCAAGCCUAUCAACGGUGCCAUCUUCAUCUUUAACCCGCGAACUGGUCAGUUGUUCUUGAAGAUCAUCCACACCAGUGUUUGGGCAGGUCAGAAACGUCUUGGACAGCUUGCCAAAUGGAAGACGGCAGAAGAAGUGGCGGCAUUGAUUCGUUCGCUCCCCGUUGAAGAACAGCCCAAGCAACUGAUUGUCACCCGAAAGGGUCUGCUGGACCCUCUCGAAGUCCAGUUGGUGGACUUCCCCAACAUUUCUAUUCGUGCCUCCGAGCUGCAGCUUCCUUUCCAGGCGGCCAUGAAGGUUGAGAAAUUGGGAGACAUGAUUUUGCGAGCGACAGAGCCCCAAAUGGUACUGUUCAACCUGUACGAUGAGUGGUUGAAGAGCAUCUCCUCGUACACAGCGUUCUCUCGUCUUAUCCUCAUUCUGCGUGCUCUGCAUGUCAACCCUGACAAGACGAAGCUCAUCCUACGACCAGACAAGACUGUUAUCACCCUGGAUCAUCACAUCUGGCCUUCACUAAACGAUGAAGAUUGGAUCAAGGUUGAAACUCAACUGCGAGAUCUCAUUCUGAACGAUUAUGGCAAGAAGAAUAACGUCAAUGUGUCCAGUUUGACAAGUACCGAGGUCCGUGAUAUCAUUCUUGGUAUGGAGAUUUCUGCACCAUCGAUGCAGAGACAGCAGGCUGCCGAGAUCGAGAAGCAGCAAGAAGAGCAGAAGCAGCUGACGGCCGUCACGACCAAAACGCAAAACGUCCACGGCGAAGAGAUCAUUGUCACUACCACCUCUCAGUUUGAACAGCAAACAUUUGCUUCCAAGACCGAAUGGCGCACCAGAGCUAUCGCGACAUCGAACUUGCGGACAAGAGCCAAGAACAUCUACGUGUCGUCAGCGGAUACUGACCUGGAUGAUGUCACGUAUGUCAUGCCCAACAACAUCCUGAAGAAGUUUAUCACGAUUGCGGAUCUGCGAGUCCAGGUGGCUGGCUACCUUUAUGGUGUCCCGGCCCCUGAUAAUGACCAAGUCAAGGAGAUUAAAUGUAUCGUUAUGAUCCCGCAGAUUGGCGGCCUUCGUAGCGUGCAGCUUCCGCAGAAGCUACCCCAGAGUGAGUUCCUGGACGGUAUGGAGCCACUUGGUGUCAUCCACACACUAUCGGGUAGCGAACUUCCAUACAUGUCUGCGGCAGAUGUGACUGAACACGCCAAGUUGCUGGAUACACACGAAGAGUGGGACAAGACGAACACGGUCACGGUGUCUGUUUCGUUUACUCCUGGCAGCGUUUCCUUGUCUGCUUGGGGAUUGACACCUCAAGGUUACAAAUGGGGAGCUGAAAACAAGGACACGCAGAGCGACCAACCUCAUGGUUUCACCACAACCAUGGGAGAGAAGCGAAAACUUCUGCUGAGUCCCAGGUUCAGAGGCUUCUUCCUUGUCCCAGAUGAUGGCAAGUGGAACUAUAGCUUCAUGGGCAGUGCUUUUGCAGGAAUGGAAAAGAAGUCGGUUCACGUCAAGCUGGACACGCCGCUGCCCUUUUACAGCGACCACCACCGACCUGUGCACUUCCACAGCUUUGCAGAGCUGGAAGAUAUCUGGGUCGACCGAUCGGACAACUUUGCCUAA